AUGAUAAAAAUCAUGCAUCCAGCUGAUGCCAAAGCAAAUAAAGCAGAGAAAGCUCUCUUGCUGAAUUCUUCCAAUACCUAUGGAGGCAUCUCACGGUUCUGGGCAAACUUACCCAAGAGAAAUCUGGACGCUGAAGGAUCUACGGCUGCAUAUAGCGACACAGGCGUUUGUGAGCAGCUGGUGUGUCACGUGGAGCAGCGUGUUAUGCACCAGCAAGAAAAGUCUUCCCCAGACCUGUACAACAUAAUCACAUUUACUCCCCCCCACCCCGAGAUGUCUGCAUCAACAGAUGCAGGAGUUAUAGGAGUUUUCUUCCAACACAAGGAAUUCACCCCUCUGGGGGGAUUGGCAGAUACAGCUAAAAAGAACUUUGGUGGUGGGAACACUGCUUGGGAAGAGAAGACGUUGUCCAAGUAUGAGUCCAGUGAAAUUCGUCUUGUGGAGAUCAUAGAGAACCUGUGUGACAGUAGUAACUUUGAGUGUAACAACAUGGUAGAAGAGCAUGAAGAACAAAUAGAGAAAUGGUGGUUCAAACUAAAGAAGAAGUAUCCUGAUUUGUUUAAAUGGUUUUGCAUAGAAACAAUAGAAGUUUGCUGCCCUGCUGGAACUUACGGACCAGAUUGCCUUGCUUGUCGUGGUGGAUCAGAAAGACCUUGCCAUGGAAACGGUCACUGUGAUGGUGAUGGUACCCGAGGUGGAGAUGGCUCAUGUAGCUGCAACAAGGAGUAUACGGGAGAGUUUUGUUUGGACUGUUCUAAUGGUUACUUCAGUACCUUGAGGAAUGAGACCCAUUCUGUUUGUACAGCCUGCCACGCUGCUUGUAAAACUUGUACUGGUUCAAGUAACAAGGACUGCCGAGACUGUAAAGAAGGAUGGAUUAAAAAUGAAGAAUCAGCCUGUGUGGAUUUAGAUGAGUGUGCUUCUUCUCCUUGCAAAGAUCACCAGUAUUGUUUAAACACAGAUGGAUCUUUCUCAUGCAAAGCAUGUGAUGCCAGCUGUGUAGGUUGCACAGGGGAAGGUUCUGACAAGUGUAAGACCUGCGCGUCUGGAUAUGUGAAGGAAGAAGAAAAGUGUACAGAUAUAGAUGAAUGUAACCUUCCUGAAAAGGUCUGCGUGAGGGAGAAUCAAGACUGUGUUAAUACUUCAGGUAGUUACAAGUGUGUAUGUUCAGAAGGAUUUGAAGAUAAGGACGGAACAUGUGUUCAAACUGUAAAAACAGCCUGCCACGCUGCUUGUAAAACUUGUACUGGUUCAAGUAACAAGGACUGCCGAGACUGUAAAGAAGGAUGGAUUAAAAAUGAAGAAUCAGCCUGUGUGGAUUUAGAUGAGUGUGCUUCUUCUCCUUGCAAAGAUCACCAGUAUUGUUUAAACACAGAUGGAUCUUUCUCAUGCAAAGCAUGUGAUGCCAGCUGUGUAGGUUGCACAGGGGAAGGUUCUGACAAGUGUAAGACCUGCGCGUCUGGAUAUGUGAAGGAAGAAGAAAAGUGUACAGAUAUAGAUGAAUGUAACCUUCCUGAAAAGGUCUGCGUGAGGGAGAAUCAAGACUGUGUUAAUACUUCAGGUAGUUACAAGUGUGUAUGUUCAGAAGGAUUUGAAGAUAAGGACGGAACAUGUGUUCAAACUGUAAAAACAGGAGAGGAAGUAAAGAGCGAAACAACUGAGCCUUCACGUACUGGACAUGAUGACUUAUGAUAUGCAUUCAGAACCAAAAGACAUUCCUAUCUGAAGUUUUAAAUUAUUGGACUAAGCCCCUGUAGCUGAGAUACUGUGGAAAUGGUAUUAAAUAUGCAGAUUGCCAUUAA